AUGUCGCGCCGGGGCUUCACGCCAGUUGCGCUGUCGCCAGCGGCGGGUCUCGUUGCGCUGCUGCUCGUCGCAGCGGCAGCUGGCGGAGUGCGCGGAUCAAGCGGGAAUGCGGCGCUACCCCGCAAGCUGGCCGCGGGCGGAAGCGGAAACAGUAAUGCCGCGGCGCCGGACCCCGCCGCGGCGGAGCUAGUGAAGAAUUCCGCCCAUGCUUCCGGCGCGGAAGGGGACGGGCUUGUAGUGAAGGAUUCCGCGCCUUCCGCCAGCGGUGAGGCGGAGGCGGAGGCGGAGGCGCAGAUUCCGCCGCUGCAGCUGAUAAUUGCGGAAGAAGGGCGCGCGGAGGGCGCAGUGUGCUUGGACGGAUCGGCCCCUGGGUUCUACUAUCGGAAGGGCUACGGCUCGGGACGCAACAACUGGGUGCUGUUCUUCGAGGGCGGCGCAUGGUGCGCGACUCCCCACGGCUGCGCGUACAGGGCGCACACGCGCCUGGGGUCGACGGACCACGCGCUUUCAGUGGCGGAGAUGGUGGAUGUGCAGAGCGGCAGCAUGAACGGCAUGCUCAGUGCCAAUAAGACCGUCAACCCUGGCUUCUACAACUGGAACGCCGUCUAUUUCAUCUACUGCGAUGGCGGCUCCUUCUCAGGCCACCAAGACGAGCCCGUUCUCUUCAAUGGCAUUCCGCUGUACGUGCGGGGAAGGCGAGUGGCGGACCUGCUGCUGAAGCACCUCGUGGAGAAGAAGGGGCUUGGCCACGCGGAGAAGCGUGCUGCUCUCCUGCCAGCUCACCUGCCUGCUCACCUGCCUGCUCACCUGCCUGCUCACCUGCCUGCUCUCCUGCCUGCUCUCUUGCCUGCUCUCCUGCCUGCUCACCUGCCUGUAGCGCAGCGAUCAGCUGAGGCCGACUCUGUCCUUCCUUCAUGGCAGGAAUUGUGUUGUGUGGUGGUGUCGGGGUCCUCAGCGGGAGGGGUGGCGGCGCUGCUGCACUGCGAUCGAGUGAGGGACACUCUCACAGCCGCCUCUCCCUCCAUGCACGUCCGCUGCCUUGCUGAUGCCUCCAUGUUCCUCGACGUACCAGAUGUCAACAACACCAGAAGGGUUGCCAAUUUCUUUGCUGAAGUGCACGACAUGCAUAAUCUGACUGGCAACCUUCCGCCAGCAUGUCUCAAGGAGCGAGAGCCAGAGAAACACCAUGAGGUGCGCGGCGCGUGCCAAGCCAAUGCUGCCUUGCACGCACUGAGUCUGCCAUCCCACCUCGCAUGCUCUCUUCUCUUCCACGCCAUGCCAUCCCACCUCGCGUGCUCUCUUCUCUUCCACGCCAUGCCAUCCCACCUCGCGUGCUCUCUUCUCUUCCACGCCAUGCCAUCCCGCCAUUGCCUUGCCCUUAUCACCGCUCUUCACUCCUCUUCAAUCCUCUUCACCAUUGCCAGAUUCCGGCCCACUCUUCCCUCCUCACCAAUACAGUGUUUCAUGGCCAAUCAACUGCUGAAAUACGUCUCCACGCCUCUCUUCCUCAUUAACAGCAAUUAUGACAAGAUAGCGAUGAGGGCCAUUGCAGCACCGCAGGUGUUGGAUUCGGGAACAAGGGCCCCUCCAGACUGCUUCAACCACCUCAGCAAGUGCACCGCUGCUGAGAAUCGAGUUAUCGAGGACUACCGCAAGGCAGUGGCAUCAGCAGCGGCUCCUCUCCUCCACACCGACCCACCAUCAUCCACCACUUCAUCACCAUCUCAACCGCACUCCACACCUGCCAACGCCGUCUUCCUCUUCUCCUGCUUCCAGCAUGGCUCCAUUCACUUUGACAUGCCGUGGACUGUGCGCACGGCGAAAGGGGUG